AAGAGAAAGGGAGAAAACACACACACACACACACGGGGGGGAGAUAACGGUUUUAGGAGAGUUUGGGAAGAGCGAAUACACAGAUAUUAUGCUGCACCGAGGAGCGGCAGGGACACUGGCUGUAACGUGGAGCUGUUCGCUAUGCCAGGUCUCGGAAGACUGUUAGGAGAGGACAUGCUUUAGAUGAUAUUGUUAACGAACGCAGGUGUUUAUUCUAGUUAAAAGAGGCUUGUUUUUACAUGCUGUCUGUCUGAAUUGGAUACCGAAGGGGACGGGAGAGUGAGCAACAAGUGGAGUUUGGCGUGGAGAGGCCGACAUUUUUCACGGUCACCAGCUAUGGAAGAGCAGAAGGAGCCCAACAGCGGCCGGGACACAACCGAGGAGGAGAGCAUGUCCCUGUCGCCGAACCUGCCAUCCCCUGCUAUGAUAUUACCCCAUCAGGCAGCCCAGCAAGCCCACAGAACCACGAACUUUUUCAUAGACAACAUCCUCCGGCCGGACUUCGGCUGCAGAAAAGAGCCGAGCUACCGCGACCGGAGCCAGACGUCGGGUCGGGAAAACGUGAACCCGCUGGGCGCGAGGCCGCUGCACACCGGCAGCCUGUGCCUGGACUCCAACUGCAGCAGCGACAGCAGCUCGUCGUCGCCUUCCUCGUCGUCGUCCACGUCCUCUUCCCCCUCUUCCAAGCAGAACUCGUCGAAGCAGUGCGAACCGACGAGCAACGGGACUGGCAGAUACGCAGACAGCCCCUCGUCAAUUAUGGUCAUGAGCGGCAGCAAUGGAGGCUCUCCGCCCAUGGCAAAAGAAAGCCAGCCGCUGUUGUGGCCCGCUUGGGUGUACUGUACGCGGUACUCGGACCGGCCCUCAUCUGUUUCCACACCAGGCCCAAGGACACGGAAACUGAAGAAGAAAAAGAGCGGCAAGGAGGACAAGCGGCCCAGGACGGCGUUCACGGCCGAGCAGCUGCAGAGACUCAAAACCGAGUUUCAGGCCAACCGCUACAUAACGGAGCAGCGGAGACAGUCUCUGGCCCAGGAACUCAACCUGAACGAGUCCCAAAUUAAAAUCUGGUUCCAGAAUAAGAGGGCCAAGAUUAAAAAGGCCAGCGGCUACAAGAACGGCCUGGCCCUGCAGCUCAUGGCUCAAGGACUUUACAACCAUUCAACGACCACCGUGCAGGAGGAGAAGGAGGAGAGCGAAUGAGCGGCCGGACUCUUUUGGACAUAACGAACUGGGAGAAGAAGGAGAAGUGGGGGACGCUAUUUAAAAACACAGAUUUCUGUUUAUGGUAACAGUAUAUGGACAUAGUUAUAUAAAUGAACGCUCGUUAUUAAAGUUUAUAUAGCCACACAGUUAUCAUGUUGUAUACGGUAUAUUUAAUUUCAGGCUCGUCUCUUCACGCGGUUCCUUUUUUCUCUCCUCUCUGUCUGUCCUCGCUGUUUUUUAGGAUCUAUAGGUUCUUGUGGUCUCCUUGCCCCCACCCCCCCUUUCCCCAUAUUUGCGCCAUAUUUUCCCUUCAACACUUCAGUCAAGCCAAACAAGCCAAAGAUUUUAAUAUGUUCACAUGUAGUCUGAAAUAAAAAAAGAGGGAGAUAGAGAGAGAGAGAGCGGUAGUUAAUGGGUUAAAUUAUUAUUUCUUUCAUACAAUUCCACGGAUAAAAAAAUAAAUAAAUAAAAGCGUUUUGUUGCCAUAUUUGAGAAUAAAACAUAUUUAAAUCUA